UGGCUAUCACAACUGCUCCUGGUGUGGAUGCCCGGCCGAAGAUGCGGCGAGGAGCGGAGGGAGGAAGGGGAACUGCUCCGCAGCGCUGCCGAAGCGAUGGAGAGUUACGAAGAAGAGGAAGGCACGCACGCUUGCAUGAACUCGCCUGAACUGCUGGCUGGUUUUGCUUUCGUUAGUAUUUUUUGAGAGCUUCCAGAAAGUGCUGCUUGCUGGUGACAUGAAAUUGAAGUGUUUGCAGCAGAGGGCCUUCUGAAUGAGCAGGGAAAAAAAAGUUUCCUUUUAGGAAGCACAGUAACUGCCAUGUGAAUGUGAAGCUGCAAUACCUCUCUGACGUGAAAACGCCAGCCCAGUGAUGACAUCAUGUGGGCAAGUUCUCCAAGUUUGUCUGGGCUGCGUGCGCAGAGGAAGAGGUAGCGGCCGUGGAGCUGCAUGCUUGCGAGGACGUCUCCAUGGACCUGCUGGGUGGCCUGAGAGCGGGGUCCUGUGCCAGAACAGGGGGUCCCCAUCUCCCAAAGAGCACCGAGAGGUCCUACAGCAGGUGGUGUGGGUCACUCUCAUCUCACUGCAGUCUCUCUGGCUGGUACAUCUCCUGAAGGAAGUUUUUAAAAGCUGUGAAACCGUAGCCGUGGUUGUACUGCUCACCGCUUUUCAGCAUCCAAAUCAGUGAUGACGAUUUUCUGCUGAUGGGCAGUAAAUUAAAUUAAGAAACCGUUCCCCGAGCCAAAACUUUUUUUUGUCUGCAACAAGCGCUUUCAUGCUGUGGUCCGUUUUUAAUGACCACAAGCGUGCGUGAAGCUGGGCUUAGAGCUGCUAGAAAUGGCAGCAGAGCACACUGAAGGUGUUGAGACUGCACUCGGCCAUUGGUCCAGCCUUGAGUCAGGAAAAAAACCUAAGUAGCCGCUCCCCAACAUGCCGAGCGUGCUUUCUGCAGCUCACUGGGGCGACAGCGCUGUGGGCAGGUAUCGUUGAAGACUUUGCAAGGUGUUAGCUUGGGUGGUGGUAGCCGAGUAUUUCAUGUCCUAAGUAACACUCAGACUUUUGUUGCCCUUCUAGGUUUUGGGACCUUAAACAUGAUACUCUGGUUGCUUAAAAAAAAUAUAUUAAAAAUAAAAAGUGACUGUGUGUGUUAAUGCAUUCAGUGCUUUUUUGGGAGCUGUAAGCUUGGCACCAGGGCCUAAGUUUUCAUGUGACACCCGUGUUUAAUUUUGAGUCGCUCACUGGCAGCAUCACUGUGGGCUUAGUGCAUUUGUACGGUUGCUGAGUAAAAGACCAGCGGCAGCAGUGGAGGCUUCAUUCUGGUGGUUUUGGGGUGAGGUAUGGUGAUAAGGGGUCUGGCAGGAAGGAAGCACAGCGCGUGGUAAAGAACAGAGAAACUGUUGGUGCUUGAAACUUGAGUGGGCAGAAUAUUGUCUGGAAACGGUCUCUUGCAGCAGGUCCGAGGGUUUGGUUCCUGAUGGUACGUGUGGUCCCGGUGGGACGGGCAGGCAGCGCGGACUGUACCAGCUGAGAGCCACCUCGGUCCCAAAUCCCCCACGGCUGCUGUUAGCUGGGAGGGAGUUCAGGCUGUGACUCUACCGACAGCCCUCCCAGAACAAGGAGGGAGGGGAGAAACAAUCUAGAAAAGCAAAUAUUUUGCGAUCGUGUUGAGCAACAGUGUGUGCUUUUGUUUUCUGUCAAUGGAAGGAAGUGGGAGAAAUGUGUCAUAGCUUUAGUGCAUCACAGGCUUCGGUGCCGCAAAAGAGAUUGAGCGCAGUGGAUCACAGAUCAGGAUCCAGGGGGUAAUGUCUGUUAGGAAAAGAUGCUUGGAGCAGCACCUGGGAAAGGCGCCGCUUGUGUUCAGCUGCAGCCGAGCAUCUGUCAGAAGCAGGUGCCGAAGGAAAAAGAGCAGAAAGAGAGAGAACCUGAGCUGAAGCGGUAUGUUUGCCUUCGGUUGUUUGAAACGCAAGCAUCUCUCGCGGCCGCUUCGCAGGCUAGCGGUAGAAAAGCUGUCCUGUGCGUUGCACGAGUGCUGUGGCUUUCAUCACAGUGCUGAGUAACGCGCUGCUACCUGCACUGCUAUGCUGCCACAGGUGCCUGCACGCAUGGUGCUCUGCAAAGUGGUUCCUGUGCAAGCCUGGGCACUCCUGGGGCUGCCGGGGUGGAGCACUAGCUUUGGGAUGCUCUGUGGGAUGGAGGCAGGAGGUGCAAAGCCUGAACGCCGCCGUGCAGCUUCCUGCAGCCCUGUGGUUCUGGGCCGAGGUCCCUGCAGUGCUGCUAGGCUGGCGUGUGCUGGCCCCGGUGCUCGUGUGCCCUGCCAGGUGGAGCUUGGGAUAUUUCUGCUCCUGGACUGAGUGGCAGGGGGGUCUGCGACCAGGGACUUGCGGUGAGAAUCCAAGUCCUGGCACGCAUGGGGAUGGGUGAGCCCGUGGCACUCACAACUGCUACAAAUAGGCAGUGGUGCAAAGCAGUCUGCAAUAGUGAACUUUGAUCUUGUAGAGAUCAAAGAAUUGGGAAAGUUUGUGCAUGAAACAGCGACAAGAAACCGAUGUUUAACACCUUUAUUGGAGCACUUCCUUCCUUGAUCCUGAUGUGAGCAAAGACUGACAUUGGUACAGGAAAAAUGAAGGCUGCUCUGGCUUAUCAACAGCUGUUUGGUAUAGUCGAGGAGUUUUAGCUUACUUUCUGCUGCUGGGAAGUAGUCGAGGUGCUGGGACCAGGCAGAUGAGCUUCUCUUGUCCUGUGCUUAGCCAGGACAAGGCUGCAGUGGCCGUGCUUUCGGGGCUGUGCAUGCUCCAACGCAGGCUCCUCUGCUAGGCUGACAGUGGUGAUGACAAGCAAACAGGCUCCCAUUUGCUCUCUGGAAAAGUUCUUCCUGCUAGUGACUUGAUGUUUGUUAAAAAUAACAUGCAAAAUCUCCGUGGUCUUGUAUUCUGAAGUGUUAUUUCAGGGCCUGCGGUCGUGUUCUAACUCCAGUGUGAAUCUUACUCUUUGUAUCGGCCCCACUCUUCACCUCAGGAAAGAAUAAACGCCAUUUCUUUGCUCCUUUCCUUAUCAAAACACCCCCCCGCUGUUCUCAGGUGCGUGUUUCUUGACAAACCGCAUUUUCGGAGCGAUCUUGUAGAGUGCCAAGUCCAGCUGCUCUUCGGGUAGGAUGCGUUCAGCUCUCCCACAUUCAGAUCUUGGAGUAUAAAGAUGCCCAUUUCCCAAACUCCAGUGGAAAAUCAUCAUCCAGUUUCUUCGUAGCAAUUAACCGAAUUAACGGGCGUGCUUUAAGUGAAGUGUCUAAUUGUUGCUUCUCCCGGGUGAACGUUAGGUGCACUUAUUUUUAAAAUGCUUUUUCAAGUUCAAAUCCUAACUCGUUUUUCUUCAGCUGAACAUGCCUUCAGAGAAGUCAGACUGCGUUUGCUUUUCGCUGUCCUUUUGAAACGCCAGGUGAUGCCUGAUUUGUUUUCAUUUGCUUCCAGGGGAGAUCACCACCUGCACAAAAACACUGCAAUUCGGGACAAAAGCAAACAAAAAGCAAUUUCAGGACAGUCUUGUCCUAGCCAGUGGUGGGAGCUUCUUGCGCUUCUUUCACGCUGUCAGGGCAGGGCCCUGCUGCUGUCUCACAAUUUAUGGAUUCCUGCAUGUUUUCCAUGGGCCAGAUUUUUAAAUUUUCUCUAAUAGAAAGGCCAUGUAGCUAAAUUGCCAGAAGUGACCAGGGGAGCAGCCUUGCAGCACGGUUCUUCUGUGCGUGUUGUCACCUGUCCCAUGCAAGCUCCAGCUCUCACUGGCACAACCCUUCUCAAACGCUCUUAUUAAAAGAUGAAGUUUGCUGUGGUCCCCUCUCCCUUGCUUUUAUCCCGCUUGUGUUGUUACUCGUAUUGGAAACGGCUGCAUCCCCAGGUGCUUUGGAACUUGGGCGAGGGGCUGGCGAAAUUCCCGGCGCUUCCCGACGGCUCAGCCCGUGGAUGCCUGCCCACGGGCUGUCCUCGGCCCCUCUCCUGCUGGGCGCGUGGCCAGGCGCUGAGCUCAUGGGUAGGGCUCUUUCCCCAGAAACUGAGACAAAUUACUGCCCCGUCCCGCUGCUGUGAUCAUCACAGGAGGUUUCAAAACCAAGCGUGGGGAAGAAGCUGGGCUGGCGAACCUGAGCUGCUGUGACUCCGUGGGAAGAGCGAGCCCGCGUGCGGAGAGCCUCCUGGCGUGCCUCUUCUCCUGGCUGCUGGCGCUGAGCUGCGGCACCGCGGGGCCGCCGAGGACAGAGCUGCAGUGACCGGGUGGCGUGAGCCAGGCCGAGGGAACGGGCGUGCGGCCGGCGCUACGGGACGGCCGGGAUUCGUCGCGCCCCGUGGCGGAGACGUCGGCUCGGGGCGAGGAAGGCUCGCGGCCGGUUAGAUGCCCAAAGGGGAGAGCGCAACUCCGGCUGAACGGAUGCAUCUCGGCACCUGAUACCACGCUCAGCUUCUGACAUGAAGAAAGAUAUAGACACUUUAAUAACCCAGGAAAAAGCGGAGAUCGUUGCCAAGUAUGAGAAGGGCAGGCAGGAGGGAGCCGAGAUCGACCCGUGGGAAGAUGCCGAUUUCACGCUGUAUAAAGUUACCGACCGGUUUGGGUUCCUGCACGAGCAGGAGCUGCCGACCCGCACCGCCUUGGAGGAGAAGCAAAAACAGCAGGAAAUUGAACGCGUGGACAAGUGGCUGAAGAUGCUGAAGAAAUGGGGCAAAUACAGAAACAGUGACAAGAUGUGUCGGCGAGUGUACAAGGGCAUCCCACUCCAGGUGCGAGGCCAGGUCUGGUCACUCCUGCUGGAUGUCGAGAAGAUGAAGAAGGAGAACGAAGGAAAGUACGAGCAAAUGAAAGAACAAGCAAAGAGCUUGUCCUCGGAAAUCAAGCAGAUAGAUCUGGACGUUAACCGCACCUUCCGAAACCACAUCAUGUUUCGGGAUCGCUACGGAGUGAAGCAACAGGCUCUGUUCCACGUCUUGUCGGCAUACUCUGUUUAUAACACCGAGGUGAGCUACUGCCAAGGGAUGAGUCAGAUCGCAGCCAUCCUGCUGAUGUACUUGAACGAAGAGGAUGCAUUUUGGGCACUGGCACAGCUGCUGACCAACCAGAAGCACGCAAUGCAUGGUUUUUUCAUUCCCGGGUUCCCAAAGCUGCAGAGAUUUCAAGCUCAUCAUGAGCAGAUUUUAAGCAAACUGUUCCCGAAACUGAAGAAGCACAUGGACAAGGAGCAGAUGACAACGGGGAUUUACACGACCAAGUGGUUCCUGCAGUGUUUCAUCGACCGGACGCCCUUCACCCUCACCUUGCGGCUCUGGGACAUCUACAUCCUGGAAGGAGAGCGGGUGCUGACGGCCAUGGCCUACACCAUUCUCAAGCUGCACAAAAAGCGCUUGCUGAAGAUGACGCUGGAAGACCUGCGGGAGUUUCUGCAGGAGAAAAUUGCCGCUUCGCUGCAGUAUGAGGACGAUGCUGUCAUCGAGCAGCUGCAGGUGUCGAUGAGCGAGCUGCGCAAGAUGAAGUUUGACCUCCCCCCACCAGCGAAGCCCGAGGAGUUCCCACGCAAACCCCUGGGCCUGGAGCUCUCCCUCAACCCGGUGGCCGUGAAGGCCAACGCGGCGGCCAACGGCCAGAACGGGCUGCUGGGCGAGCGGCCUCCGGACAGGGACGCCACGCAGCCUCCACCCCACAGAGGGCCUCCGGGAGGGACAGCCACCAGCACCGCAGUGGCCGCCAGGACUCCCGAGCAGCUGGGCAGCGACGCCACUGAAGCGGCCGACGGACGCUUGCAUCCCCCCCGGCGCGAUGGCGAGGUGGAGGCUCCGGAGGCCGUGCAGCAGCAGCCUCCUCCGCCAAGAGGCGAGGCUCCGGCUUUCCCCACCGGCCAGGAGGCCGCUGCGGUGAGCGGAGAGCCUGCCUCGCACGGCAACCCCCGGAGACCUCGGGGGGAGCACGAGGAGAGCCCCGUGCUGCUCGCCGCCGGCCGCACGAGCAGAGCUGCCUCACCGGCACGGCCUGGAGGCCCGCAGCCUCUGCCCCAGCGCGAGUCGCCCAGCCCUGCUCCCUCCCCGCACGGCUCCGUGGACUCGCUGCACGACCCCAGCACCUCAUCCGGGACUGCGCCAGCUGGGGAGGCUUUGGCACCCGAGCAGCUUUCCAACGCAGACAGUUCGCCGAGGCGGCCGAAUCCUGCUGCGGGUGGUCUGCCAGAGGUAGAGCAGGCGUCUUCCCCGCGCGGGGAGGAAGAGGAGGCAGUGGAUGCCCUCCCUCCUCCUCUGCCGGCUCAGCACGAGGACUUCCCCAAGGCUGAGCAGUGCAGAGCGGUGCCGCUGACCCAGACAGACUCGAGGAGCUCGGUACCCAAGUCUGCGUCCACGGGCGAGCUCGCCAGCCUGCAGCAGGGCGCGGGCGCAGCGGAAGGACUGGGCUCGGCCGCACACCCCCCGCACAGGCAGUCGGGCGGCAGCGUGCCCCUCUUGGCGGAGACCCCGGGGCGCCCCUUCCAGCGGGGAACCGAGGGGAACAGCCCCUAUGCCGUCGUAAAAACCACCACUCCCCUGCACGUGGCCCACGCCACGGAGCAAGACUUGUUGAACAGAAAGCAGGUGGCGCUGCCCUUGCCCGAGGCCGGCCGGCCCCUGGCUGCCACCUCCCAGCUGCCUCCUGCCGCCUCCGCCCCGGCGGCAGCGGCUGCCCAGGAGGGCGCCCAGAAACCGUUCAAUGCACUGAAAGCGCUGCGGCCGCCCCUCAGCCCCAAACCAAAAUUAUCCCUGCAGGUUGCCAAAUCCCUCUCCGAGAACAGCUUCGGCUCAGCCUCUCCUCCCCCCACAAAGCUGCCCAAAUCGGUGACGUUUUAGCGGGGCGCGCGGGGAGGUGAGGGAGAGGGGCUGGAGCGGCACUGGUCCCGCGAUGCCCUCGGCAUUGCCCGUGGAGCCGUGCUUCGGUACGAGAGCCCGGGGCAGCCGGAGCUCCAGGAGCCGCCAACAAACUCCGUCUUGGUUUGCACCCGUGGUUUCUUUCCUAUGGACAGAAGUGCUUUAAUUUCGGGUCGCUCGAUGGAACUUGCCAAGCCCCGGGACGCGCAGGGAGGUGAACUCGUGGGCUUUGUUACUCUCCUGCUUGUCUCCUGAGCUCUAGUGGUGGGUCUGUGGACACAAGGCAGCGGAGUCCGAAAUAUUUAGCAAGAGAGGCUUUCCUCCCAACUGCCCCAUCCGUCUGGCCAACGGCGUUUCUAUUCCUGUAGCAAUAGACCUUCAUUUCUUUUUCCAGACCCGCGGGAGGCAGCAGCCCUCGGGAUGGGGCCGCGGCACGCCUGCUCAGCAGUCUAUGCAAUUCCCUGCCACUCCUGGCGAGGGUCCCUUUCCGCCUCCCCCCACUGAUGUUCUCCUGGAGGGGAGGCGUCAGCAGCCGGGGCAGGUGAGCCCCUGGGCCUGGGGGGGCUCCGAGCGGUGCCCCCGGCAGCGGUUCAAGUUCUUGAGGGGGCAAGGACAGCGGGGAAGGUUGAGCCGGGCGUGCUGGGAGGCUGCAGAGUGGCCUUUCCCUCGGGGGUGCGGGGCAGCGAGCAGGCUUGCUGCCUCAAACCAGCUGAAGGGGCAAAGGGUCUGCUGCUGCCCUGCUGAACCUGGCGAGCUGCUGGAGGUGUGCGCUGGUAGCUAGUCCCAGUGCCCGAGCUGGAGCCUGCUGCUGCUCUGAGCAGGUGAAGUUUCAGGGUGGAAAUGCUGUAGAAGUUAGGACAGGUGAGCGCGUCGCCCAGAAACCUUGGGUCAGCCCUUCUGGUUUAGCCUAGCCAGAAACUGCUGCCUGAGGAAGGAAAACCUGGGCACGGAGGGGGUGAGAUGAUGCUCCAGAGUUCCCACUUGCUCUUCACGCAGGGGGAAGGCCUGGUGGCCUGUCCAUCUCCUCCCCUUCCCCGUGACCACUCGGGAUCCAAGCCGAUCCUUGCCUCCAGCUCCUCUUUCCCAGCAGCUCUUCCCAGCCCAGGGGGCUGUGGGUGCUCACCCUACAAAGGAACGGGGCCGAACUCGUGUUUGCAGCCCUCGGCAGCUGCCUCACCACUCCAGGCAAGGAGGAGGCUUGAGGAAGGCAGCAGGCAGUGAACUCGAGUCCAAACGUGCUGUAUUUUUUGCUGCUUUCCUAAGGGGGUGGCUGCAGAUGCCACCUUUUGGACAGCAGGUGGGACCGCUGGCCUGCAAACCCGGGCACGAGCUCCCUCAAAGUCUCAGCAGACCUCGCAGACUGGUUUUCAUCCUUUAGGCUGCUUCAGGAACGUAGCCUGAGCCAAAGCCUGCCUGGAAGCCUAGCAGAAAGCACCCCCUGAAUACCUUUGGGGGCGGUUAUCAGGUUUGUGUGUGUGUGUGUGCGCGCGCGUGUGUUUGUGCUAGCAGGUAGGAGCAGGUGCUCCCCGGCUGUGGAUGUGGUCAGCCAGGCCACAGCGCCCACAACUCCUCCUGAACCCCCUGCUCUGUCGGGGACCCCAUCUUCUGCCUCGGCUGAGUCUCCAAACCCGCCUGCCCUCCCUCUGGGGGGGGGCAGGAUGAGCCUGGCGCUACCUCGCGGGGGUGCUGGGAGAGGGGUUAGCUCUUCAGCUGAUGUUUGGGAGGCGCUUUGAAGAGAAGUGCUGUGCCAGUGCUCCGUGUUGGGCUUUUGAGACACCACGGGUCAUUUUUAGGGUAAAGGUGCUCAAACUGGUUUUAAGUUAGAGUAUGUUCUUCAGUAACUGUGCAGCAGUGAAACCCAGUCGUGUGUUACAAUACCUGGGCAGUAUUUCAGGACAGGAACCCAUUGCCUUUUGCUAGGAGCCGUACCCCGCUGGCCUCUGCAGCCCCAAGGGAAGCGAGGAGAAGCAGCCGAGGGCUGCCCCAGCUUGCUUUCUGUCCUCAGAGCACGCUGAGGUGAGCUUAUGUGCAGGUAAGGCCUGAGCCCCUCGUUUCUGACAGCCCUCGCCCGUCGGUGUGCGUGCCCCGGUGCACGUCUGCGACCUUUUGCAGUAUUCGCGUUGAAAAGCUGAUUUUAGGGAGCUGGCGCUGCACAGUGCCACCGCACAAGCUACCAAGCACUGGGGUUUCCCUGCCCUCCGAGCCCCCCGGCUGUAACAGAGCCUUGCAGCAGGUUCUCCAGACAUCCCCAAGCCGGGGGCAGCCACCAGCGGGGUUCGGGGACCUUUGGGCCAGGCUCGCUGCUCCCACCGGUGCCCCCUCCACCAGGAAGGCAGGAUGGGGUAGGGGGCAAGCAGCGGCCGUCCCCACAACGUCCCCUGCUGGGCUCAGCCUGGCUCACUUGACCCUGCCACCACCGAGGCAACUCUUCCCCAGCCUGCACCCCUGUCUGAGGAGCACCUUCAGCAGGCAGGCAGCUUAGCAGCUUUUCUGCCUCUUGUUGCAGAUGUGGCAGGUCUGCUCCCUGCUGUGACCUGUCUUAGGGCACCUGCUGCUCCUAAAAGGGCGCUGUUUUACAAGGCCACCUCCUUUUCUCUCCAAUUCCUCCUCAGGCAGCCGGAAAGAGCUCAGCAGCAGCAGUGGCAACGCUUUGCCCCUGCCCCCGGCUCCCAAACCAGCCUCAAGCCCCUAGCGAAGCCAGUGGGACCGCGAGCAAACUCAGGAAAGGGCUCCCAGCUCCGUGCCCUGCCAGCCCCGGGAUGGCUUCCACCGCCUGGCGGCCAGGCCAAGCCCCGGGGGCUGCGUUUUGUUCCCUAACUGAGCACUUUGAGCAGCAGCACCCAGGGCUGGGCACGGGCCCCGUCCUUCCACGGCAGCUGGAGGCCGGUGGGGGUCUCCUGCGUGCACUUUGCUAGCCCUGCGACCAUCGGCUUUUAUUUGAAUUGCUAUUCUUGUUUACAGCGUGGAACGCUUCCUCCUCCGUGACUCCUUCUAAUGUAUUAUAAUUAUUACUGAAAAACUAUUUUUAUGUCUGUGCUUUUUUUUUCUUUUUUUUUUUUUGUAAGGAAGUUUUUUUUGGGGGG